AUGACAUCCCGCGGAGGGGGGCGGACCCCGUCCGGCGGCGGCGCGGAGUCGCGGCCCCGCCGCAGUCCGCGCCUGACGCCGACGGCGACCGCUCAGCCGCGCAUCAAUGUGCAGCAGCUGCGCAAACAGAAGAAGGCGGCGGCGGCGGCGGCGGCGGCGGCGGCAUCUGCAGGUGCCAGUCCUAAGGCUGCCGUGUUCGACCCUCUGGCACCGUGUGACGCGGCGGCCGAGGUGCGCCGCGGCGCCACCGGUCUGGUGUAUGAUGAGCGGAUGCUCGAACACCGCUGCCUCUGGGACGACGACUUCCCAGAGGGACCUGACAGGCUGCAGGUCAUCUUCGACAAGUGCUCUCAGCUCGGUCUGGUGGACCGCUGCCAGCGCGUGCCGGCCCGGCACGCCACCGAGGAGGAACUGCAGCUCUGUCACAGCCCGGAGCACAUCCAGAGGCUGCGCCAGCUCUGCGAGCGGGGAGAACCAGAGCAGCUGCGCCAGGAGGCCGACAAACACGACUCAGUGUACCUCCACCCGGCGACGUUCCAGUGCGCCUCGCUGGCGGCUGGCUCUGCCCUGGAGCUGACCGAUCAGGUGCUGGACGGAAAACUGCAGAACGGGUUCGCCAUCGUCAGACCGCCGGGCCACCACGCCGAGCCGGACGAAUUCAGCGGGUACUGCUUCUUCAACAACGUGGCACUGGCGGCGCGUCACGCGGCUAACCGCGGCAAACGGGUGCUGAUAGUCGACUGGGACGUGCACCACGGCCAGGGCACGCAGGAGAUGUUCUACUUUGACCAGAGUGUGCUGUAUUUCUCGGUGCACCGGUACGACGGCGGCGCGUACUGGCCGGGCGGCUUCACCGGCCACUGGGAGCGGAGCGGGGCCGGCGCCGGCGCCGGACUCAACUGGAACGUGCCGCUGGACGGGAGUGCCACCGACUCGGACCUGCUAGCCGUGUGGCACCGGCUCCUGCUGCCGGCCGCCUAUCAGUUCGCGCCGGACCUGGUGAUCGUGUCGGCUGGAUUCGACAUGGCACUCGGUGAUCCUAAGGGCUGCAUGGCGGUGACGCCGGCGUGUUUCGCGCACCUGACGCACGCGCUGCUGGCGCUCUCGUCCGGCCGGCUGGUGGCCGUUCUGGAGGGCGGCUACUGCCGGCCGGCGCUGGCCGCCGCCGCCGCCCACACACUGGCCGCCCUGCUCGGGGAGCCGCCGCCGCCGCUGCCGGCCAGCCUGCCGCCGCCGUCAGAGAGCGUGUCAACCGCCAUCCGGCACGUGAUGUGCGCCCACCGGGCCACGUCGCCGUUCCUGGGCCGGCACGGCACCUUCUCGGCCUCUGCUGACGAGUGGGCCGUGUCAGCGCCCGACUGCCACUGGCCGCCGCCGGCGCGGCCGCCCCGCCAGGUGGGGCCCAACCCCGCGCCGCCGCCGGACGCCCUGGAGCGACUCAACAGACUGCUGCUCGUGUCUCGACCGUUGGCGCCGGCCCACCGCGUCUGUCUGGCCACCAACGAGGACAUGAUGAGACACCGCAACGUCGACGAUCCUGACCACCCGGAGCGGCCGGAGCGUCUGCAGUCGAUCCUGACCCGGCUGAGCGCCUGGGGUCUGUCGGACCGCUGUCUGCGAACCCCCGGCCAGCUGCGUGUCUCCCCCGAGCAGCUGGUGCCCCCGCACGAGCCGGCGCACGUGGCCGCGCUGUCCGACACUGAGCAGCUGUCCCAGUCGGAGCUGGACCGUCUGGCCGACCGGUUCAACUCCGUGUUCCUCUGCCCGGAGAGCUACGACUGCGCACUGCUGGCGGCCGGCUGUGUCGUGGAGGCGGUGGACAGUGUGCUCUCUGGUGAGAGCGGCUCGGGUCUGUGCGUGGUUCGGCCGCCGGGCCACCACGCCGAGCCAGACACCCCGCACGGUUUCUGCCUGUUCAAUAACGUGGCGGUGGCGGCGCGGCACGCCGUCAGCGCGCACGGCCUGCGCCGCGUGAUGAUACUCGACUGGGACGUUCACCACGGAAACGGCAUCCAGCACAUGUUCUACGAGGACAGCGACGUGCUGUACAUGUCUCUACACCGGCACGACUUCGGCUUCUUCUUCCCAAUGUCGGACGACGGCGACCACGACCGGGUGGGGAGCGGGCCCGGCGCCGGGUUCAACGUCAACGUGCCCUGGAACCGGGCGCGCAUGGGCGCCGCCGAGUACCUGGCCGCUCUGCUGGCCGUCGUGCUCCCCGUGGGCUACCAGUUCAGCCCCGAGCUGGUGCUCGUCUCGGCUGGGUUUGAUGCGGCGCGCGGCGACCCUCUGGGCGGCUACCUGGUCCCUCCGGAGGUGUACGGCCACCUGACCCACCACCUGACCGCGCUGGCCGGCGGGCGCGUGGUGGUGGCGCUCGAGGGCGGCUACAACCUGACCAGCAUCUCGUACAGCAUGGCCAUGUGUGCGCGCGCGCUGCUGGGUGACCCGGCCGUGCAGUUGCCGCCGAUGCCGGCCGUGAACGAUAGCGCGGCGCGCACGCUGUGCUCGGUGGCGCACAGUCAGCGGCCGUUCUGGCCGGCCGUGGCCGAGCCCCACCGACUGGCCAAGGAGCCGCUGGACGUGGUGCGGCGCGUCAUGGAACAGCGGGGAGACGCCGCUGUCACUGCCGAGUCGACCACUGCCGCUCCGGAGGAGGUGGAGAAGGAGGGGCCGCCGGUGCUGCCGCGGACAGCCUGGCAACCGGAGCCGGAGACAAAGCCACACCCGGAGCCGGAGCCAAAGAUGGAGCCGGAGCCGGAACUACAGCCUGAACCGCAGCCGGAGGCGGAGCCGCUGGAGCGUCUGGUGGACCGUUUGACGCUGGCAGAAGACCAGGGCACAGGAGCGGCGGCCGCCGGCGACCUGGUCGUGGAGGGAUCUCCCGAGAGGGAUGCCAAGCCGGUAACUGCGCCCGCUGGUGAGGGCGAGAAGGCUACCCCGCCAGAGAAGGGUCAGCCCGGAAAGGACGCUACACCAGCGGAAGGACAGACGGAAAAGGCGGCCGCGCCGCCGGCCACCGUGAAGUCGGCCUGGGCCGAGCGGGCGGCUGAGGCCUCCGGUCUGUCGGAGCAGGGAGCCGUGGCGGCCGCGCUCGCUGCCGGAGACGCCGCUCUGCAGCAGUUUCUGGUGCUCGAGGAGAUCUCCAAUCAGAAUAUGUACGCGGUGGUGCCGCUACUCGACUGUCCCCACCUCUGCACGGUAGCCGAUCUGCCGGUCGGAGGUAUCAACGCUUCCGCUCUGUGCGCCGACUGCGGGGACAGCCAGGAGAACUGGGUCUGCCUGACCUGCUAUCAGGUGUGCUGCGGCCGGUACCGCUCGUGCCACAUGCUGGACCACGGCGCCGUCACCGGCCACUGCAUGGUGCUCAGCCUGGCCGACCUCACCGUGUGGUGUUACGUCUGUGAGAACUACAUCCACCACGAGCGGCUGACGGCCGCCAAACGGUCGGCGCACCACAGCAAGUUCGGCGUCGACAUGCCCGGAGGCGACGCCGGCCACGCGUGACCUCUGGGAGGACUGGCACUGGGGUGGAGGGAGGGGCGAGUCCCUCCUCUGCGCUGCAGGGAGGGCAGCUGGGACCUGAGAUAGCGCGACGACAACGAAUAGCCUACAGCCGCGUCAGUGCCUCGAGAUGGUGCAUCGGGUCUUAUUGGGCUACACACAUGCUCGGCUAAACAACGGAAAUAGUUAUACUCAUCGUGACUAGAUAAUCCGAGUUCAAAUGAAUAUAUAGUUCGUUUUUUUCAAAAGGACGCUGGCUCAAAGUUCAAUAUCGAAGCUCUCACGUGAGUUUUGGCAGCUUCAGUGUCUGGCCAAGAAUUUCUUACCGAAAAAAUAAUCGAUUUCAAAUUUUGCACGGUAAGUAGCUGGAAAUUGUUUCUUAAAAAUGAACAUACUAUGAUGACGUCACUGGUGGCAGCAGGCACCCAAAUGUCCGUGCAGUGGGACAAGUGUCAACGAAUUUGGGUGAAACUUAGUUUUUCACUGUUGCCGAGCUUAUAAUCGAGUGAGCGGUUCCGUCCAUGAUAGUCAUAAGUUACAUUGAAAUACAUGUCCGACAGCAUGACGUCACCGCUGUUCUCAUAUCUGGUUCCAAAACGCCCAUAUGGAAUUUAUCGGGAAGAAAUCAAAUGUUAAAAUUAGUCGACGUUCGUUUUUCUCAGGUUCAGUUUUUGCUCGUUUUGCUCGCUAAAACACGUGCUUGUUCGAAAAACAUACUUGGAGCCAGCGUCCUUUUGAAAAAAAAAACGAACGAUGAUGACAGAAACGAUAAAAAUAUGUUUUAUUCACGUUCGUUCGGCUUGGAUCGCUAACAAAUUAACAGCACAUUGUUAACGAUUUUAAUUUAACUCAUUACUGCAGGGAGGGCUUCCUGUCGCUUGUUGCUUCCAAUCGCUGUGACUGCCUAGUUUUAAAGCGUGUAUUUUCAUGUAGAAUAGUGGCGUUAUUUAUAGUGAUUCAAAGCUGCGUUGUUGGUGUAACCCAGGCAUUAACUGCUAGAGCCAGUGAGCUGUGUGCCGGACCCCAGUGUUAAUAUUUGUGUAGAGGCAGGUCUGAGUCCUGCGAUCGUGCGCGGCUGCUCUGCACUGCUCAGUGCUCAACCUUUCCGCCUAACCGGGCCGCUACGUUGUCUGACAGCUCGCUGUUUUGUGCGAGAGCGUCUCUCCGUUCUGGGUCGGUCGGCUGUUCUCGUCUGUUGGCUUGGUGCAGUAAAGGGCGCCAGGUCACUGGCUAUGGGCUGUGCCUGUACCUGCUGCAUGUGUAAGGGGCGCCAGCCGUGACCCCGCCGGGGCCAACACUGGACUGCCGCGGCCCGCCGAGCCCAGACGGCGACAAAUACAAUUACCGGUACUCAA